GUCAACAAUGAGGAGAAACUCGUCCGAUUAGUUCGAAAAGACGAGCACACUCGAACUAAUCGUCACCCUCAACGGCUUAUCCGACUGAUUCCAGUGGAAAAACGCCAUAUUCAUUACCAAAAUGCUUGCGAUUCACAAUGCAGUGAACAGCUUAUGAAACGGAUCACGGCUGCUCUUGAGCAGGUUGCUUCGAUAUCCGACAAGUACAGAGAAAUCGUGGACAAGCUGGUAAGAGAGAAGCUCAUUUCGACGACACGGCAUGAAAUCAGCGUCGAAAGAAGCGCUGCGGAGAAGGCG